GGAAGAUUUAAUGACGACGACGCAGCCCAUCGAUAUUAAUGAGUUAUGGUAUGAAAUCUCCAUCAUCUAUUCACCUGUGAUUGCAAUGUCAUGAUGCUACCGUAUAGUAUAAAGCAGACAUAAUCGAGUAAUUAUAUACCGGUAGCAAUACGUGCUCUAGUAUUGCAUUUGUAGUUGUGAAUAAGGCGGUUGGUAGAUCGGGAUAUCGUGGAUUUCCAUACUGAUAGGUUCGUCGAUAUUACCAAGGCAACGUGUUGAUUUAGCUAUACAGCGAUUAUGUUAAAGAAUACAAUGUAUAUAUACAUGUAUAUUAUAGAUACACAUGUGUAAUCUCAUCACUUAAUCGAUGCUGGAACAGGUGUGGUUGUUCAUUGUUACGGGAUUAAUCUGGGACGUUAACAUCAUGAAUGACGACAUAGUGGUAUAGCCGACGCGAAAUCGGCGUGAUUCCAGAAGUAAAAUCUAAUGAAUUUGUCUAGAUUACGACAAGAUAGAAGUUUUGGGUUGUAUGGACUGACGUAGGUAACUACAGUGACUGCUAACAAGUGACGACCCCAGCGAUGCGACGACAUAUAACUGUGCCCCAUUGAAAUACAUUCUCACAUCAGGGACUUCCAAGAGAUUAUAUGCGUAUCGAUUUGAACUACAUAAACAUAAUUCUAAAAAAGAUGGGCGAUGAUAGAAUAAACUAAGACACAGAACAAAACAAUAUUAAGGAUAACGAAUCAUAUGAUGCGUCGGAAUAGAUCAAUGGGGUGAAAGUCCACUUCUAAGAGUCGAUAAUGCUGGGUGCUGAUUGUUAGUGUUGCCAGGCGACAAUAUUGAACGGCAAUAAUUAUAAGGAUGAUGGUACCUACAACAGAAUCAUGUCCGCCGGUGAAAAAGAAACUGACACGGACCCAGGCCAUUGUUGUGACUACUAUCCCUUCGACGUUUGCCACUAGCAAUACUCUCACCACUAAACCCAGUGGCACACGGAAGAAACUUUUAAGAACAUUGUCACUUACAUCUGACGCAGUUAGCAGGACGUUAGGUCUAUCAUCGAGCCGAAGUGACAUAUCUUUCGACCAACAUAACACCCGACCAACAUCGUUAACCCUCUCAAAUUCAGCGUCAUACUCUACGUCUUCGAUUGCAACUGAGUCCGAAGAAGGCUCAGAUUGCGAUGGAGGACAGAGGCUCAAGGUGGAAAAACAAACCCUACGAGCCACUAAAUCUAAUAGCUCGGCUACAGAUAGACGUUGGGGGAAACCACCAAGGCCUCCUAAUUUGGAUAUUUCCCGCAAGAGAAACAACUAUCAGAAUGUAACUAGCCCUUUGGCGAAGACCGUAUUAAAAAAGAAAAACUCCAGCCAUAUAUUAGGUAGUUUCACUGUAGGAGGGGGGUCAACAGAAAACCCACAAUUUAGGAAAUCGAUCUCUUAUUCAUCAUGUCCAAAUCUUCUGGACGACGAUAAACAUCUCGAGCAAUUUGAUAUUAUUUCAAAGAGCAAACACCACAAGCGGAAAUCUCCCUCACACACUCCAAAGAACAUGUCACCCAAAGUGGGCAAUUCCCCGGUCUCUUCACCAUGCCCAUCCCCCAAUAGUUUACUAAAAGUACCCGAUAUUUUCACAACCUCGUAUACUCGCAGUAAUUCAAUGCCCCGAGGUAGCUCUAAUCACGGGCCUGGACGCAAGGAUUCGUGGUCCGCAAGUCCAAUCGAGCUUUCACCGAAGCAUAGGGACUUACUACAAAGUGUCGACACUGGUACUGAUCUUUCGGGAUUGACGAUAUCUGCUAGGGUUACAAAGGGCCUAAGUGUUCCAAAUCUCUUUGACACGCCGGAUUCACCCAUAGUAAAAGAGCUCAUCAAAAAAUGCUACUCCGACACUCCCCCAAAGACCAGAUCUGAUUCCGACGGAAAUCCGAACGUUUUCUAUCGGGAUUCAAACUGUGCCCAAAUCAUGGAACAUUUAUUUUUAGGUAACAUUGAAUCGGCUCACAAUGAACGACUGCUAUGUAAACUUAAGAUAGACGGCAUCAUUGACAUUGCAAAUGUUGACAUAGAUGAUAUCCCGGCUGAGAAAAGACUAAGCUGUCCAUGUUCCUGCCCGAUUUCGAGGCAUUCUCGCCCGAAACUAUACAUUAAUGUAGAUGACAAUGAACUUGCCGAUAUGGAGCCAUAUUUUGAUGAAAUCAAUAGGUUUAUUGAAGGUACUCGGAAGAGAAACAAACGUGUCUUGGUUCAUUCUUAUUUUGGUAAAUCACGAGCUGUUACGGCCUUAGUCCAGUACAUCAUGAAGAUGUACAACCUGCCUUUAAAAACUGCUUAUAACGUUGUAAGGAAGGCCAGACCAGAAAUAAACGUCAACCCACGGUUUCAAAGGCUUCUAGAAGCUCUCAAUCAGCGGUUGACACCUGGAGGGAGGGAUAAAUUUAGAUUUGAUGACGUCGAUGUGUCAUUUGGUAAUGUAAAAGAAGCGUGGUCUGAUGUGUGACCUGGUGGAGAGGAAAAUGUGAAUCUUAUUAUGAAUAUGUCGACAUCUACAUUGAUUAAUACAGUUCUGGGAUCUACAACUAUUUCCAGGUGUGGAGCUAUUCUGUAUCAGUGUUAUUCUGUCAUUGUAAUACAGAAUAUUGGAUUUAUUGAGGUCCUUGCUAGACCUUUAGGAAACCAUAAAUGGUUCUAUUUGUUGAAGAAAAUGUCCCAAACUUGGGUAGGAUAUCAUGAGAUAUAGCUUUUAGAAAUGCAUUUUGAAAGAAUACAAUAUGUUGAUCUAGUUGACAAAGGAAAGGAUCUAAAGGUCCAAUAUCUGGUGGUAUACGACACGAGAAGACUCAAUUAUGCGUUUGGAUAUUAAGUCCUCCAUCGGGUGUUCACGCCAUUAUCAUAUCAGUUGUGCGGAGGCAACAUUGGAAUGUUGUGUUACCCUUCAACAUAAUUGUAAUGUAAAAAUACUGAUAUUGGAUAGGUGUUAAUUGAAUGUUGAUUGUGGUUUGUUAUUGUAUUCUCAUAUUUUGAUGACGUCAACCUCUGACGUCAGAUGAUCUUGUGACUGUUUGUAUUCAAGAUUUACUGUGAUAUGUUGGAAGCGAUAUUUUUAAUACCAGAGUCACAGGCUGGUAUCGAAAGAUUUGUCCGCUGUGACAGAGCAUGCUGUUUUUCAUAAAAACACUAAGAAUACUUCACAAUUUAUUCACAACUCAUGUG